AUGCGCCAUGCACGUGGCGGACAUUUGAUAUCGAUCGGUCAAUACGACGUUCAUCUUCUGCGAAAUUCAAUGGACUGCUGGUGGAUACGUAUCGAAAUAUUUUACGAUGGUUUUAUGGGUUUGCGGAACGCCAGUAUGAGGGAAGCUCAACGAAAAAUAUCCCGAGUGACUGGGCACUCUCUUGGAGCCGCAAUGGCCUCACGGGCCGCUUCCUCAAUUAUUGCCGACAAUCAGGUUCCAUCCAGUCGCGUAAAAUUGGUCACAUUGGACAACCAUGAGUUGCUGACUAUCAUUACGCGUGGGAGCAUGAUCUACGGGUACUUGUGGAGCCAACGCGCUGUAAAUUUAUCAGGCCAAUUCUUACUCCGGAGUUUCGGUAACCUGGAUGCUGACACAGGAAGGCCUCCAUCUCUCAGAAAACAUGAGAGACGGAAUUUCCGAAUGGCGUACGGUCUCCGUGUAACGUACUGGAGAGACGUGGUGUCACAUAUUUCACCCGAGUACUUCUUGCACUACUACCAUCACGCUUCAGAGGCUUUCUAUCCUCUAAAUAUGACAGUCGGUGUCAACUACACAAGCGAUGACUGCAGUGACGGGCUGCUUGACACAACGUCGAUCCAGGAUCACCUGUACUAUUUCAACGUCGACGUGAGCGCAUACGGCAUUAACGGCUGCAACACAACAAUGGAUCCUACAAAUGCGCAGUAG